AUGGCUUUAUUAAUUUUUCUAGUCAGUGUUAUUUUUUCUCAUACUUCUGAAGUUCUAGCAACGGACCCUGUGGAUGCAGAUUGCAAGACUCUUUUACCUGAUGGAACAUAUGUUUGGUCUGAGCGUGCAACACAAUGUGAAAAUAUAUAUCGAGAUAAAGAAUGUGAAAGGCAGUAUGGGGAUGGAUCCAUCGUAUUUCCUGGUGGAUCGUCUUCCCGUCCUCGAAAUUGUUGGAUGCUGGAAGGAACCGACGGACUUUACCAACCUGGAUCGGGAGCAUGGACUCCGAAUGAUAUCGUCAAGCGAGGAUCAGUUGAUGUUUGCCCAAAACUUUGCGGAUAUUGUUGCAAAGCUACAGAAUAUACUUGUGAAUGGACAAUCCCUGCUGGAUACACUCCGGAAAUUGAGAAAAUUUGCAAAGAAGUAACCUGGGAUAAAUGUCAGUCUUCCAUCGCAUACCGCCCGAUUUAUGCCAAGUAUUGUCCGAAUUUCUGUGGUUUUUGCCGUAUCAACGGAUGCAUCGAUGCCAUUCCCAGCUGCUCUUUGGAUCCAUCUGUCUGCACUUCUUCACCAGCGUUCGCAAGUCAGUAUUGCAAAGCUACUUGUGGAUAUUGUGAGCAAUGUAAGGAUAACCGUACAGAUUGUGCAGCACUGGUUGCUGGGCAAAACUUUUGUAACACUGCGGCUAUUUCGACAGUUAGGAUGUAUUGCGGACAGACUUGCGGAAUAUGUUAA